UUAAAAAUCUCCUUCCUGUUUGCUCAGCCAGGUGUGGAGUGCAAUCAGUGAAUCUUUCCAGGUGACCAUGCCUCCACACGCCAAACGAGCCUCAGCAUGGAGCAAUGGCGAGUUGCUGGACCUCAUCAGUGUUUUGGGGGAGGUAGCUUUCCAGUCCUGGCUGCGCUCCAGCCGUAGGAAUUACGAUACCUUUGGGCAGGUAUCAAGGGCCAUGCUGGAAAGGGGCCAUGACUGGGACGCGGUGCAGUGCAGGGUUAAAGUGAAGGAGCUGCGGAGUGCCUACUGCAAAGCCUGCGAGGGAAACCGCCACUCCGGUGCUGCCCCCACGACCUGCCAUUUCUACAAAGAGCUGGACGCAAUACUUGGGGGUGACCCCACCUCCACUCCGAGGACCACGAUGGACACUUCAGAGCUGGUGGAGGAGGAGGAGGAGGAAAGCGAGAGUGAGGGUACUGGGGUGGGGGGAGACACCCCGGAGUCCCAGGAGGCAUGCAACCAGGAGCUCUUCUCAAGCCAGGAGGAAGGUAGCCAGUCGCAGCAGCCGGUACUUGGUGGAGGACAAACAGAGGAGCGGGUUCCCAAUGCAACCUUGAGAUCUCAGCUGUCCGUGUUAUCACCGGCUGAGACACUGCAAAACCUUCGGAAGAGACCGCAAGAAAGCAAAGAAAACAUGCUGCACGAAGCUUGCCAGAUGUCCAGUUUUUGA